AUGCCCGACCAUCCCAUCCCUCGACCCAGCCAUUCUUCCAAGCGGUAUACUUUCCUUUCUCUCGACAGCAGUAAUGCGCCUACAACGGACCGGCCAGAGAAUCUCGACGAAAAGGAUUCCUCGACGGAGAAUGACGCGGACCAUAUUGAGGUGCAGAGAUCCUCGUUGUCACCGAUCGAGUAUCCAAGAGAACUGGACAUUGACCUGGAAACGAGAGGUGAACGUGAGGGAUAUAUACUGGAUGUCAACGUCUUGAAGCAAGUGACUCCGAAAUGGGAGGACUAUCAACUCGCACAAGAUGGAAAGACUGUGCUCAUACCCCAGCCGAGCUUGGAUCCAACUGACCCUCUCAACUGGAGCUGGUGGAAGAAACAUACUGUGCUCCUUCUCAUCGCCUGGGCGGCCUUCUUACCCGAUUAUGGCAGUGCUACCGGAGCUGUGACCCUCAUUCCUCAAGCAAAGUAGGUUUCCAGGACACUGCAGAGUUCCCUGUACUUACAUACUGCGAUGUAGGGUUUGGGGCAUUACGCCGGAUAAGGUCAACCACUCGCAGGCGGGUAAUGUCUUCAUGCUGGGUGCGGCAGGUCCAAUUGUUGUUGCACUGUCAGCCUACUUUGGUCGUUUGCCUGUUCUCUUCUGGUUCAUAUUCCACUCGAUUUGGACUGCUGCCGGAUGCGCUGGAGCAAAGACUUUCAACACCUUCUUUACCUUCCGUGUCCUGAACGGCUUCUUCUCAACUGUUGCUCAAGGCGGGGGUGUAAUGUUCAUAAAAGACGUGAGCAUGCGCAUGCGCUGGCGAUGGCCCCAAUUAAAGUGUCUCUGCUUACCGACUUGGGCCUACAGAUGUUUUACGUGCACGAACGUGCGCGAAAGAUCAAUGUUUGGGCCACCUUCUUCAUUCUCUCACCGGUAAGCUUUCCAACAUCCUGCAUUCGUAGCGAGAUUCCACUGACCGAAACCAAGUAUUUUGGACCGCUGAUAGCGGCUUUUAUCAUCACAACUCAGAAUUGGGACGUAGCAUUUUGGGUAUUCACUGCCAUGGUCGGUCUCUGUUUCAUCCUCAUCAUCCUCUUCGGCGACGAGACUUUCUACAACAGGAAGGUGCCUCCCGAGCAACGUCCUGGACGAGCACCUGGUGUAGGCGGGCGGAUCUCGCGACUCAUUGGAAUUGAGCAAUGGCGUUCUCGCAGACAAUGGAGCUCCUUCAAGCAGGCGUGUAUGAGGCCCGUCAUUGUCCUUCUGAAGCCGACGGUCUUCCUGUCCUGCACAUUCUACCUCUUCACCUUUGCGUGGGCAGUGGGGAUCAACACCACCCUGACGAUAUUUGUCACUCCCCUAUACGACUUUGGACCGAAGCAGAUUGGAUAUUUCUAUUUCACCCCGGUCGUCGCUGCAUGCUUGGGAGAGAUGGUUGGGUAUGGCCUUCACGAUCAGCUUGCGCGAUUCUUGACACGGCGCAACCCGGAGCACAAGCUGGAGCCUGAAUACCGGUUGAUGGCUAUCUCCUUUAGUACGCCAUUCGCUGUCACUGGGCUUGUAGUAGUGGGCUUCGCGCUUGAAAAUGCGUGGCAUUACAUGGUGACGGCUGUCGGCUGGGGUUUAUAUGUCUUCGUGAGUCUUCUCUGGAUGCAUUCUCACAUGGAUGAUUGCAAGAGCUGAUGCGGAUCCAGGGCAUGAUGGUGACAUCGGUGGCUCUCACCUCGUACAACUUGGACUGCUAUCCCGAAGGUGCCGGGGAGACCGGUGCCUGGCUGAACUUUGCCCGAACGACUGGCGGCUUCAUCGUAUCCUACUUUCAAGUCGACUGGGCGAAGGCUCAAGGCACCAAGAAGAGCUUCAGCAUCCAGGCCGGCAUCUGUGCGGCGGCGUAUUUUGUCGUUGUGUAUCUCCAGAUAUACGGCAAGAGGCUGAGAGAGCGUGCUGGCCCUCUACAGUUCAAGACUGACUGA